AUGGGUGGAGAGGAUAGAGAGGUAAUGGAGCGGCUUGCAUGUCCGUUUAUUCCUAUUUCUUCAAAGCCUAUUAAAUUAAUUACAUGGAGUCCUCUGGAUAGAGGGAGAAUAAAGCUCAAUGUGGAUGACGGUUCUUGCGGAAAUUUGGGUGCGGCUGGGGGAGGGGGCAUUCUUCGGGAUUAUAAGGGAGACGUCAUUGGGGGGUUUGUGCAUACAUAUGGGCAUGCCACCAACACCAUUGCUGAGUGUAGAGCUGUAUAUGAUGGACUUUGGUUAUGUCGACAAUUAAAUGUAUGGGAUGUGUUGGUAGAAUCGGACUCUGUAGUCAUUGUUGGUUGGUUAGCAUCUGGGAUAUGCAAGUAUUGGUUCCUUUGGAAUUUUUGGGAGGAAGUGAAAAUCAUGGUAAGGGAGCUCAAUGUUCGUUUUCGCCAUAUUUAUAGAGAAGCCAAUAUGGUGGCGGAUUUUUUGACAAAGCAGGGAUCGCAAAGUUUGAUGUCAGAUUUUAAUGAUGCAUCUUCCAUUCACGGGCGGAUUCGGGGUUCAAUACGUUUAGAUAAAAUAGGUUUGCCUUAUUUGAGAAAGUGA